AUGCUUGAAAAGUUGCACAAUGUGGAGAACCUUACUUUUGGGGCUACCUUUCUUCAGAUGUUAUCUCUUGCCGAAAUCUGUGAUAUUCCUUUUCCGAUGCUCAAAGUCGAAGUUUUGAUUCUUGAAACGAUGAUUGUUCCGUCUGUCAUUCCUGGUAUAGCAAAGCUGUUACAAAACUCACCUGGAGUGAAGAUGCUAAAACUAGACAUUGUGAACAGCAACAUCGUACCGGAUGCUGAUCUUAAUUACUACUUGGAUUUGAAAGAGUUGGAUCAGAAUCAGUGCUGGAAACCAAAAGAUUUGGACUUCUCGACUUCUUUUCAGCCGAAACUCAUGACUUCAUUCAUGGAGUUUCUACUGGAAAACACUAGAGAAGACAAUAUAUCUCAGUACAAUUGGCAACUAAGUUGA